AGGCUGCACGUUAUCAGUCUGUGCGUGUUGGUCUGAGAGAGCACUUGGCUUCGACGACACACGAUCGGACGCUCCACAUCUCUAACUCUCGUUUCCUUUGUCUCCCUAUCUCUGUUUUCUCCCUCUGUUUGCUUUCACCCUGCACUCUGACCAGACCCGGGUCUGUCUUCGCAGCAGAGUUCAGAAUUGCACUACGAUGUCUGCGGUGGCUUCUCUGCAGUAAGCACACAAAGGUUAUGCUGCCCAAAAGCUGUCUGAGUCCCAGUGAGAAAGAGAAGGGCUAAAGCCGCACCAAUCCAAACCAGCUUUCCAGAGCCUCUCCAGCAGCGACUCUACUGCAGAGCCAUGAGCAACCCCAGCGCGCCCAAACCAGCCUCAAACGCCGUGGCAUCGGUUGUUCACAGCCCAGAUUCUCCUCCUGCUUCCCUACACGGGCCUCCACGCCCAGAAGAAGAGGAUGACGGGGACCUAAACAAAGCCCUGGGGGUCCAGCGCUUCCAGCAGAUCCUCAGCCCCUCUGCUGCCGUACCCGACGAGCAGCACCACACCUACCAUGAGGAAGACAUCGAAUACCACCGUCACUCCUCUCACCACAUCCACCGACCUCUGUCCAAACUGCCCCCCGAGGGACGCAGGAAGAAGGGAAGCAAGAAAAAGAAGAAGGACAAAGAUCACAAAAGCAGCCGCGUCCCGUCCAGUGGCACCAUAGAGGAAGGAGAAGAUGAGGAGGAGGAGGACGACGAGGGGGCGGAGGCAACGGCCACUUCCUCUGAGUCAGAGAAAGCCAAAGAUGUGGAGUUCUUUGUUUCCGAUGAAGACCACCAUGGCCCAGAGAGCCCUCGCUCGGCCCGAACCCUGGAUAUCGUACCACAGUCCGGUGAGGGAGCAGACACCGAAGACGCAACCUCCACCGACAAACCAGACUCGGCGGACGCUUCCAGGCCCGCUCCGGAGUCGGUCCCGCUGGAACACACGCCCCUGGCCCGGGUCUCCUCCGCCAGCCGCAGCUACGACCUGCAAGAGCGUCGGCGCACAGGCAACAUGACGGGUGCCGAGCAGGCCAAGUACCAGCGCAUCCCUACCGACGAGAGCGAAGCCCAGACGCUGGCCUCGGCCGAUCUGGACGGCAUCAAAAGCCAUCGUUUUGAAGAUGUUCCCGGGAUGCGCAGGCACCUGGUCAGAAAGAGCACCAAGGGACAAGUGGUGCACAUCAGCAAAGACCACAAAGAGCCGACCACUCGCACUCGUAAACAGGACCGCACGCCACAUGAGUCGUUACCGGUGGUUCUGUACCGCUCCGCCUCGCGGCCCGAAGGCUUCAUGCUGGACAUGGACUCCGGUCAAAUGGCUCACUACCAGAAGGUGUUCGUGGAGCUGAACGAGCUGACGAUGGACAAGAACCAGGAGAUGCAGUGGAAGGAGACGGCUCGCUGGAUCAAGUUUGAGGAGGACGUGGAGGAGGAGACGGAGCGCUGGGGGAAACCUCACGUCGCUUCACUGUCCUUUCGCAGUUUGCUGGAGCUCAGAAAGACCAUCUCCCACGGUGCGGUGCUUCUGGACCUGGACCAGAAGACUCUGCCCGGCAUCGCCCACCAGGUGGUGGAGCAGAUGAUCAUUUCUGACCAGAUCAAAGCUCAGGACCGAGCCAACGUCCUGAGGGCCCUGCUGCUUAAACACAGUCACCCGAGCGAUGAGAAGGAGCACACUAGCCAUUUCCCCAGGAACAUCUCCGCCGCCAGCCUCGGCAGUCUGAUAACGCACCACCACAACGCCAACCACACCCACCAGUCCGAGCCGCUGGUGACCGACCCCCUGAUGGGCUCCGUCCACGCCGCGGACGAAAAAGACGCGCGCAUCGACGUGGAGAAGAACGAGACACAGAAGGAGCCAUCCUUGGGGCCCGGGAUGCAUCGGUCCAAGUCCAAACAUGAGCUGAAGCUGCUGGAGAAGAUUCCUGAAAACGCCGAGGCCACAGUCGUCCUUGUGGGCAGCGUGGAUUUCCUGGAACAGCCCACCAUGGCGUUCGUGCGACUGCAGGAGGGGGUGCUGCUGGAGUCUGUCCUGGAAGUCCCCGUACCGGUCCGGUUCCUCUUUGUUCUGCUGGGACCCCCUACCACCAGCAUGGACUACCACCAGAUCGGACGCUCCAUCUCCACCCUCAUGUCUGACAAGCAAUUCCACGAGGCAGCCUACCUGGCCGACGACAGGCAGGACCUGCUCAACGCCAUCAACAGCUUCUUGGACUGCAGCAUCGUGCUGCCGCCUUCGGAGAUGGGGGGCGACGAGCUGCUGCGCUCCGUCGCCAGCUUCCAGAGGGAGAUGCUGCGCAAGAGGGCGGAGCAGGAGGUCAAGCUACUGGAACCCAAAAGCCUUGAAGAAAAAGAAGCCCUCCUCACACCUCUGAAGAAGUCAGACGACCCCUUGGAGCGAACCGGACGCCCUUUCGGUGGGCUGAUAAGAGACGUGCGGCGGCGUUACCCAAAGUACGUCAGCGACUUCAAGGACGCGCUGAACAGCCAGUGCAUGGCUGCGGUCAUCUUUAUCUACUUCGCUGCUCUCUCUCCAGCCAUAACAUUCGGAGGUCUACUGGGUGAGAAGACAGAAGGUCUGAUUGGAGUUUCCGAGCUGAUCGUGUCGACUGCAGUUCAGGGUGUGAUCUUCUGCUUGCUUGGGGCUCAGCCGCUGCUGGUUGUGGGCUUCUCUGGACCACUGCUGGUCUUUGAAGAAGCUUUUUACAGUUUCUGUAAAGAAAACCAAAUGGAGUAUCUGACGGGCCGCGUCUGGAUCGGCUUUUGGCUCAUCGUCAUCGUGGUGCUGACGGUGGCUUUCGAGGGGAGCUUCCUGGUGCGCUUCGUCUCCCGCUUCACCCAGGAAAUCUUCUCCUUCCUCAUCUCCCUCAUCUUCAUCUGCGAGACCUUCAUCAAGCUUGCCAGGAUUUUCAAGGAGCACCCACUGAAACGCUGCUCCCUAAACGCCACCGAAGGAGGCGGCUUGUUGGAGAACAUCACCAUCAACAGCACCGAGCCUGUGAGGGUGUCGGUUACAGGGGAGCCCAACACUGCACUGCUCUCUCUGGUUCUCAUGGCUGGAACAUUUUUCAUUGCGUUCUACCUGCGCAAGUUCAAGAACAGCGCGUUCUUCCCUGGACGGUUCCGCAGGAUUAUUGGAGACUUUGGGGUGCCGAUUGCAAUCCUCAUCAUGGUUCUGGUGGAUUACAGCAUAAACGACACCUACACACAGAAACUGAGUGUUCCCAGAGGAUUCUCCGUGACGAGUCCUCAAAAACGUGGCUGGAUCAUCAGUCCUCUUGGUACCAAAGGCGACUUCCCCAUCUGGAUGAUGUUUGCCUGCUGCUUGCCCGCUCUGCUGGUUUUCAUCCUCAUUUUCAUGGAGACCCAGAUCACCACCCUGAUCGUCAGUAAGAAGGAGCGGAUGUUGGUGAAGGGCUCCGGUUUCCAUCUGGACCUGCUCCUGAUCGUGGUGCUGGGUGGUAGCUCAGCUCUGUUCGGCCUGCCGUGGAUGGCUGCUGCGACCGUUCGCUCCGUGACCCACGUCAACGCUCUCACCGUGAUGAGCAAGGCCGUCGCCCCCGGAGACAAGCCCCGGAUCCAGGAGGUGAAGGAGCAGAGAGUCACGGGGCUCCUGGUGGCAGUCAUGGUUGGCCUGUCUAUUGUGAUAGGGGACCUUCUGCGUCAGAUCCCCCUGGCCGUUCUGUUUGGUAUCUUCCUCUACAUGGGUGUAAUGUCACUAAAUGGCAUCCAGCUGACGGAGCGGAUGAUGCUGCUACUCAUGCCACCAAAGUACCACCCGGACCACACCUACGUGCGCAAGGUCCGUACGUUGCGCAUGCAUCUGUUCACCUGCAUCCAGGUGGUGUGUUUGGGGGUCCUGUGGGCCGUCAUGUCGACCCAGGCGUCUCUGGCUUUCCCCUUCGUCCUCAUCCUCACCGUCCCGGUCAAGAUGUUCCUACUGCGACGCAUCUUCUCUGUCAGAGAGAUGGCAUGUCUGGAUGCCGAUGAUGCAGAGCCGAAGUUUGACGAGCGCGACUGUCACGACGAGUACUCGGAGAUGCACAUGCCUGUGUAACCCACAACACGCCCUCAUUUAACCACUUAACUCCUCUUAUUGGACACAAAAUCUGUCAGUCACGACCAAUGAGAGCGAGUUCUGUGACGGAUUACUUCAAAUGUGCAUCAGUCACCGGAAAAUCUCUGUUCACGUAGCACAGCAGUCAAAGAAUGAACGGGGGAUCAAACAUUUGUUUGCGUUUGUCCACUUUUUUUUUUUUUUGUUAAAACAUGUAUUUCAGGGGACAAGAGAUACCAAAUCAAAUGAUGUGAUCUCGAGCUCAAAAUUAAACGCGAUAACGGUAGAUAGAUUUGCAAGACUGAUUCAUUUUUAGCCCUGAAAGUUUGCUCUGAUUCACAUUGAAUAGGUGGAGGAUAUAUAGGAUACAUUCCUUUAUAUUAACAGGCUGAGUUAUUGCUAUUCACAUUUGUCUCUUCUUUUCGUAUUUUAAGUUCACUAAGCGCCUUAUGAAGGAAUCAAAGUAUACUGAAUUUUUAUUUUCUUCAUUCUGUCUUAUUUUAGACAGCAGAUCACUUUACCUGAAACUCGAUGCUCGUAGCACUUUUAAAAGAUACCAAAUCUGAACAAUAUCUGUAUUUUAUGUAAUCAUUUUAUCCUCUUAGUGUAUCUUCUUAAAUAUCAGUGUUGCUGUAGUUUGCUUCUUUAAUCAUGUGUGAUUAAUCGGUCCGUCGGUCUUUAACCUUUUAUUUGUUGUGCUCAGUUUAGAUGAUAGUUGGGAUUUUAUUUAAAAUACUGUACCUUCAGUGAAUUGAGAUCGCCACCAGAGGGAGAUCUUGCAGGACUGUCAUAAAGAAGAACCAAAAACAAACAGUAUACACAAAUGCAAUUUCGUAUUACACUAAUGCCAUUUAAUCAUAUUUUUUUUCUGGAAAAUCACUUGGUGGCAUAAUAAAUGUACUCUAAAUGUC